UUAAUCGAAGAACAAGUCAAUUCUCCACAUGUAGAGUCCUCCCAACACGAACAAGAAUUGACAGAGGAGCAGGUUCCUCAUUCUGAGUUCCUCCAACAAGAACAGAAGUUAAUCGAAGAACAAGUCAAUUCUCCACAUGUAGAGUCCUCCCAACACAAUCAAGAAUUAACAGAGGAACAGGUUCCUCAUACUGAGUCCUUCCAACAUGAACAAAAGUUAAUCGAAGAACAGGUAAAUGUUCCACAUGCAGAGUCUUCCUUACACGAACACGAAUCGACAGAGGAGCAGGUUAAGACUACUGAUACUGAUACAUCCGCCAAUGAUGUUCCUUAUACGGAGUCCUUCCAACAUGAACAAAAGUUAAUCGAAGAACAGAUUAAUAGUCUACAUGUAGAGUCCUCCCAUUAUGAACAAGAAUUGAUAGAAGAGCAGAUGGCUACUGACACUGAUACAUCAACUAGGGAUGUUUCUUAUACUGAGUCUUUCCAAUACGGACAAAAGUUAGUCGAAGAACAGGUCAAUGUUCCACAUUCAGAGUCCUCCCAACACGAUCAAGAGUUAACAGAGGAACAAGUUGAGACUACUGAUACCGAUAGUGAUACAUCCACUAUUGAAGUUCCUUAUACUGAGUCUUCCCAUUUUGAACAAGAGUUAAUCAAAGAUGAUAGCGUUGAUAUAAUCUACGAAACUGCACCUUCUCACAUAAUCAACGAGACAACACGGAAAAAUGGUACAUUAUCAUCGUCGGGUGAAUCAACACAGGAGAUAACGCAAGAACACAAAAGCAACGAAGAACAAAUCGAGGUUUCAACAUCGCGAGAUGUCGCUUUAACAAGGAACAAGAAAAAAUAUCUCCAUCAAACCAGUAAAUAUGAAAAUGUUGACGGUAAUUUAGUUUAUUUGGUUACAACUUUGAUUACAACCUUUACCUUGGGAAUCGUGUCUAUGUUAUUUAAGAGUGUUUUUGGAACAAGAAGAAGUAAUUAA